UCAGCGUGAGAGGACCCCAGUCGACACGGCCACUGACCAGCGUUAGCCACGCCGCCACGCUACCUGAGGUGUGAAGAGAGUGUCAGGCAGAUUGACUGCAGAAGUUGACACAGGAGGAGCAAGAGACAGACCAGAAUGGCGGAGGAGAAGCCAGGCCUGAAGAGCAGCAGCUCCAUCGUGCCCUGCUUCCUGUUUGUGGAGCUGGUGAUCAUGGCCGGCACUGUGCUCCUGGCGUACUACUUUGAGUACACCGACACCUUCCCCGUGCACGUCCAGGGCUUCUUCUGCUACGACAAGGCCUUCUCCAAGCCCUACCCGGGACCCGAGCACACCAGCAAGGUGCCCCCCGUCCUGGUCUACUCGCUGGUCACCGCCAUCCCCACCCUGACGAUCCUGAUGGGGGAGCUGAUGGUGUUCUUCCUGAAGGCGGAGGGGACCCAGGAGAAGACUAUCGUCACCGCAGACUGCUGCUACUUCAACCCCCUCUUCAGACGCAUCAUACGCUUUCUUGGCGUCUACUCGUUCGGCCUCUUCACCACCAGCAUCUUUGCGAACGCCGGCCAGGUGGUGACGGGCAACCAGACGCCGCACUUCCUGACGGCGUGCCGGCCCAACUACACGGCGCUGGGCUGCCAGUCGGCCAUGCAGUACAUCACGGAGCGCCGCGCCUGCACGGGCAACCCUCUGGUGGUGGCGUCCGCGCGCAAGUCCUUCCCCUCCAAAGACGCCGCCCUCAGCGUCUACUCCGCAGUCUACACGGUGAUGUACGUGACGCUGGUGUCUCGGACGAAAGGCACGCGCCUGGCCAAGCCCACGGUCAGCCUGACGCUGCUGUGCCUGGCCAUGCUGGUGGGGGUGGUGCGCGUGGCCGAGUACCGCAACCACUGGUCAGACGUGCUGGCCGGCUUCUUCACCGGCGCCGCCAUCGCCAUCUUCCUGGUGACGUGCGUGAUCAACAACUUCCAGCAGGCGCAGCCGCCGCCUCCCGCGGCGCGACCCCAGCGGCCCGAGUCCGUGCUGGGCGUGCCCAUGGUCUCGCUGCCCUGCGUGGACAGUCCACUCGAAAAGUUAAGUGGUUCUCAGACUCCACGGGGAUCACCAUUCACUGAGAUCACAUGACCAUCAGCCCUAUCGGUUCCCCGCCACCCCCGAUGUCCUCAUACCGUCUCGCUCCAUUUCCAGCGAAGUCUAGACCAGCCGGCCGAGCAGCCGCACCACUGCGCCGCCCACCCGGGCCCUGGACGCUACGCCACCCUCUACCGCUCCUACUCCACGCAGGUCUAGACCACCGCCACCGCC